CGUGACUAUAUUUAACAAAGGGAUUGUUACUAAGAAACGGCGUUUUCUUCUUCCUUCAUAGAUAGCCUUUUUGACUCUUCUUUCUCUCUUCUACUUUUUUUCAGGCUCUCUCUCUAUAUCUCUAUCUUCUUCUCCGGUUAACUAAAAGAGAAAUGAAAAGCCGAGUGAGAAAAUCCAAGUACACGGUUCACCGGAAAAUCACAUCCACACCGUUCGACGGUUUCCCGAAGAUUGUCAAAAUCAUAGUCACUGACCCAUGCGCUACUGAUUCUUCCAGCGAUGAGGAAAACGACAACAAAUCUGUUGCUCCGAGGGUGAAACGUUAUGUGGAUGAGAUCAGGUUCUGUGACGAAGAUGACGAACCUAAACCGGCGAGGAAAGCGAAGAAAAAGUCCCCGGCGGCUGCGGCGGAGAACGGUGGAGAUUUGGUAAAGUCUGUGGUGAAGUAUAGAGGAGUGAGACAACGACCUUGGGGAAAAUUUGCGGCGGAGAUUCGUGAUCCUUCGAGUCGUACUAGACUCUGGCUUGGGACUUUUGCGACGGCGGAGGAAGCUGCUAUAGGUUACGAUAGAGCCGCGAUUCGAAUCAAAGGUCAUAACGCUCAGACGAAUUUUCUCACUCCUCCUCCUAGUCCGACGACUGAGGUGUUACCGGAAACUCCGGUGAUUGACCUUGAAACUGUCUCUGGUUGUGAUUCGGCGAGGGAAUCGCAAAUCAGUCUGUGUUCUCCGACUUCUGUUCUCCGGUUUAGUCACAACGACGAAACAGAGUACAGAACAGAGCCAACGGAAGAACAAAAUCCGUUUUUCUUGCCUGAUUUGUUUCGCUCCGGAGAUUAUUUUUGGGAUUCCGAAAUUACCCCUGACCCUUUGUUUCUCGACGAAUUCCACCAGUCCUUGUUACCAAACAUCAACAACAACAACACAGUGUGUGAUAAGGAUACGAAUCUGUCUGAUAGUUUUCCGUUGGGAGUGAUCGGAGAUUUCAGCUCAUGGGAUGUUGAUGAGUUUUUCCAAGAUCAUUUGUUGGAUAAGUAAUUUGAUGAGUUCUUCCCCAGAAUUUUUCUGGGUUUCUCUUUUUGGUUGUGUGAGUGAGAUGAGUGGUUUGAUGACAACGACGGGGAUGAAUCUUAGCCGUCCGUUUUCCAUUUCGUGGACGGCUCCGAUCAGCGGAAGAAGCGCAACGGAGUUUUUAUUUAUCUGUUUGAGAAUUUUAUAAUUUAAUUUGCGAGUAAAUAUAGUAAUUAGUGUUAAGAUUGUGAGAGUUUAAGUUAAUUAGGGAGGGGUUUUGAAUAUUGGGGAUUUUGGGAGGUUUUUGUUUGGUUUCUCUCCAAGUCUGUCACUAUGCAAGGAAGCAGUAUAAAGACCGUAUAUAUAUUUUAUUAUUAAUAUUGAUAAAAGUAUUUAUUUAGUGCAAAUCUUUGUCUUUUGUUUCCUUCGCAUGAAUCUCUCUAUCAAGUGGGGUUUAUGUGACUUGUCAUUUUUAUUGUACAUAAAAACAUCUAAUCACAUUCUUCUCCCCCUAAACAUGUAAAUCGUUUUAAUAAGCCAAAAAAGC